AGCUACGCUGAAAAUAUGGCUUUGGUGCGGGAGCUGAUGAGGCAUCAUCGGCAGUUGUUUGGCCAUGAUGCUGCAAAGGUGUCGUCACGCAGGAAGUCUGUUCUGUGGGGGAAGGUCAUUGCGGCUGUGAAUAGUGAGGGUGUGGUGAGGCGGACCGAGGACAAGUGUCGUAAGCGUUUUUACGACAUAAAGCGCCGUGUCAAGGCGAAGAUGGCCAAGGAGGCUAAAUCAGCCCGCCAAACCGGGGGUGGACACCCCUUCCGUGCAUCUUACCGUGAUUGGGAGGAGCCUGUGCGUGCACUCAUUCCGCCAGAAGUGGUUGGUGCGACUCAUGUCCGGGAUUCUGACCGGCCAAGGCAGGAUGUACGAAAGAGAAGCAGCACAACCAGGCCACAUCCAACACUGCCAAGUGAUGCAGAUGGUUCUUCUUCUGCAAACCCCCCUCCACUGAGGCGCCCAUCACAGGGCUCGGUGACUGUGGCUAGGAGGCCAACCAAGAGACGCCGUCUUGAGGCUGAAUCAGCAGCACCAUCAUCACCACCCCAACGGCGCAUCUCCGCAGUGUCGUCCCUGCCACCACAAGCAAUUUUGGCCAGUCCACAAAGCGAGGAUCCACAAUCACCUUAGCUGUCUGAACCACCCAUCAUGGACAAGGACGCCCAGCAGGAAAGUGACCAGCAGGAUACCUACACACAACACCUGCAGCCGAUCGAUCCUACCCAGCCAACCACGCCGCAGGACAUAACCCAACCACCCCAAACAUCCCACAGCCCCCAAUUGAGGCCAACACCACCCCAGCAACAAAUGGCCCCAGAGUUUUGGAGCAGUUGGGCCACACAACAGGCGCAAAACUAUGCCUGCCUCAACACCCACACCCAAUACCUUGCCAGUCUGCCCCAUCAUCUGCCUCGACUCAGUCGGAACUCAGGCAGACUGAUAGUUCAGGUUGGCAGAAUUGCCAAUUCAAUGGAGCAGAUAAGGGCAGACAACAGUCAAAUGCAAGCCAAUUUACUCUGAAUCAUGGAUGAACAACAGCGGCAGCAACAAGCCCUCAUACAAAUUAUCCAACACAACCAACUGAUAAACGAAAACCUCUCCCGAAUUAUUGCCAACAACACUGCCGCAAAUACACAACUGACUGCAAGCAUACACAACCUGAGCCAAAGCAUUAAUGUGUUGGCAUCCCAACAAAUAAGCUCAAGCUCGGGAACAACCACACCAAGCCAGACCCCAGUUACCUCCCCUGUUAGACGCUCCAGCAGAACACGGACCAACGAACCAGGCCAAUCCUCUGCACCCAGCACACACAAAAAAAACAAAUGAAGGCUGCAGCAAAUCGUUGUUUACCAAUAAAGUUUUGGCAAUUGUUACACAAAAAA